UGUUUCACAAAACCCUUAAAACAACCUCCAUGGACAUUCUUUCUCUAUAUAAUGUUAACAGUUAACCCUAUUAAUCUUUAAUUUUCGAUUUCUCCGAUUCACGCCGGCUCCAAUCCCUCACAUUCCUCUAUUCCAAUCAGAGAAGACAGAGAAGAUGUGUCGUGGAGCAGUAGCCGGUGCCAAGGGCAAGGAGAAGGGAGCUUCCUUCACAAUCGACUGUACAAAGCCUGUAGAAGAUAAAAUUAUGGACAUUGCUUCUCUGGAGAAGUUUUUUCAGGAGAGAAUCAAGGUUGGUGGUAAGGCGGGUGCCCUCGGAGAUUCUGUUACAGUUACUCGCGAGAAGAGCUUAAUUGCUGUUAAAUGUGGCAGUAAUUUCUCCAAGAGGUACUUGAAGUAUUUAACAAAAAAAUACUUGAAGAAGCAUAAUGUACGAGAUUGGCUUCGGGUCAUCGCUUCUAACAAGGAUCGUAACGUAUAUGAGUUGCGGUAUUUUAACAUUGGUGAGAAUGAAGCCGAGGAGGAAGAGUAGACUGUUAGAGAAAAGUUUUGAGCCAUUUUGGAUUUUUUGUAAAAACUUGUCGUUGUGUUUAAAUUUUAGAAUCUACGUCUUUGACAUAUUAUAUCUUUGAAGUUUUUGCUCAGAAAUUUUAUUAACAUUUUUAUGAAAUAAAAGGAUUUGGAUCCUCAAA